AUGAGUAAUAACGCUCAUGAGCUAAGUAAUCGGCUUCUUAAUGCGUUGGAUAGCAAUUACAAUGUCGUCGACAUGCAGGCAGUUAAUGAAAUUAUAUCCAUUUUGGAGAAAUUUAAUAUUACAAAAGAGUUGCUGGAGACCACCCGACUUGGCAAGCACGUGAACGAACUACGGCGGAAGACAGCAGACCCGACCCUCGCGAGGCGCGCCAAGGUGCUGGUGAAAAGGUGGCGGGAUCUGGUCAUACCCGCCGUUGCAUCGCCUGCACACACCGGUUCAAAUCGUUCAUCAGCAGAACGACAGACUCGACGACCGGGCGGGACGCCGCUAACUUCACCAGCACUAGUUAGGCAAGGUUUGAGCCCGGCUGUGCCCAGCCCGAGACCGGUGUCAAGGCCAGCAUGGGGUGGUUAUGAGUCCGACUCUCAGGAUGUAAUCCUGGUGGACGACGACCCGCCCGCACCCCCACCUGCGCCCGCGCAUACACCUAUCCACGCACACAAGCCUAUAACUCCGCCUGUUAAGCGGGCACUUUCUCCAGAGACCCUAGAUGACGAUAAAAAGGCUAAAAGGGAUAAGAAACCGCGGAAACGAAGGGGCCAUGGCAGAGCUGGUAGUGGUACGGAAGCGACGGCGUCGACCGCAGUCAGUGGGGCCCCCGGCUCUUUGCCCGGGGCGGUGGGCCCCAACGCGUGGCCCUCUCGUAAUGGCUCCGGGCCUGAUAGACGGAAGAACGGGUGGCGGAGGGAUAAACCGGAUCCCUAUGCUGCCCUUGUUAACCGGUUGCCACCAGCUGGGGGCAAGAAGGUAAAGACGACAGCGGAACUUCUAGAACAGAUUCAAUUGCGGACAGGGGGUAAAGCGAGUGCUCCCCCAUCUCCACACUCCCCCCACUCACCUGAUGUUAUGCUCAUAGAGCCAGAUGAAUGUCCAGUGAAAGUGGAUUCACCAUUACGGAAUGGCGGCAGUGAAGAGCCUCCAGAACGCAAAUGGCUCCUCGAGCCCCUCGAAGACGAGAAAGAGUGGGCACCGUGUAUCUGUGAUCCCGAAGUAGGGCCAGACCCGUCCUGCCCAGCGGACUCGCAGACAACUAUCCUGCCAGAUCACGUUCAUGCCCUCCACCACACCUUCCUACCUGGGGUAAACGGGACUCGAGCACCACUUUACCCUCAUAAAUUUGCAGUACGUCCAUCAGUAAACCCAGAAGACCCAACUCUUUUCGCAAACGUCGUACCUCUGUACAAUUAUUCAGAUUAUGCCGACGAUUUCUGCGUUAAGAACAUGUCGCGUGUGCCGAUAUGUACUCAUAUCCCCACUUCACAUUUCGCUCCAUCCCCUCCCUCGCCCCCACCCAAACCCCCACCCCCGUCCCCAAGACCGUAUCCGAUCGAUGACGUCCCAGAACCCAAGGGCUUCGAAGAUUCUCCUUCACCUAGUCUUAUUGAGGAUGUUGAUAUGAAAGAAGUCAAAGUAGAAACCAACGAGAGACUGAAACCCUCCCCGACCCCCCACGUCGAUGAGAAGCAAAUGGAAGACAUUAAAGUGAUGAAGGAGGAACCGCAACUGCAGUUCUCCAUGACGUCACCCGAACACAGGACGGUCGAGCGAACGAAAGAGCAAGAUUCAGAUCAUAAAGAUCCAGACAUGAUAAACCAAAAAGAUCUAGACUUGAAGGAUUCAAAGAAUCUAGUGCAAAAGUUGCGACCUAAAGUCGACUUAGACGGUAGGACUUUGUACGAAAAGUGUGUAUCGUGUAUAAGAUCAGUGCCCUAUAGUUACGAACAUGCCUCGUCCGCUCCGGUUCUAACGUUUCCCGUUGAAAAUGUGUCGGACAGCGUCAGCGAAGCGUUAGAGAGUGCCGAAACUGAGCGUGACGACCUAGGCCGGCCGGUUAGGGCUUCGCAUUUCGCCGAAUGGCACGAGUGUGCAAAACUCGGGGACCUUAUAGCACUUCCGUAUGUUGUCAUCGACUGA